UUCUGAGUAAUAAAAAAUCCAAUACGACUUUAUAAUUUGAUCAAGAAAUUCCUAAACAAUACUGAUUAUGCACCUCUGAAGGUCACAAUUGGUUCGGGCAUAAUAUAAAAAACAUAAAACAGAUUAAAAUUUACAAUUUUUGAAACGAUGAAAAUCUAAACGGUAGGAGGGGGCUCCUGAUAUUACCCGCAGUUGAUUCUACAUACCUGUACCUAAUACAAGCUUUUUGAUGAUAUUUUAAGUUGAAAUAGCUAACAUUCUUGACAUGAUUCAAUUUCAAAAACUCAAUCAUGAUGUGAUGUUCUUUUUCCAAACUUCACAAACCAUUGGGAAAUAUUGACCGCAAUUUCCUAAACCGUAUUUUACUGAAUCAACUUCAACUUCCUGUCAAAUUAUUACGCGAAGAUUACUGGAAGGUUCAUGUGAAGUUCAUCUUUGAGAAUAUGAGUUUUUUUAAAUUUCGCCUACUAGCUGCAUUAUGCGUUAUCAUUUUUAUGACCAAUGUAUUUGCACAAAAACCUUCAGAGUGUAGUUCUAGAAUUGAUUGUUCAUCUUGUCUCCAACAAUCUACAUGUGUAUGGUGUUUGCAACCAAAGUUGAAAAAUCCACUGCCUCAUAACAAAAGCAAAGAAUUGAACCACUGCAUGCCGAUCAAAUCGCCGGAAAUCGAAUGUGCGAAUGGCGAUAUGGUAAAUCCAAAAACAGAAGCGCAGGUGGUUCAAAACCGACCACUUCGGAGCAAGAGUGGAAGCAUUGUUCAAAUAAAACCUCAAAGUGUCAAUUUGACCCUCAGAGUUGGACAUACCAUCGACGUCAAGUUUCAGUUUUCCCAAGCGGAAAACUACCCCGUCGAUUUGUACUACAUUAUCGACAAUUCUUUCUCGAUGGCAGUCCACAAGGCUAAACUUGCCAAAUUGGGCGAAGAGUUGUCUCGUACAAUGAUCAAGCUGACCAACGACUUUCGUAUAGGCUUCGGAAGUUUCAUUGAUAAGAAAGCAGCACCUUUUGUCAACCAAGUGCCACUUUUCGUGAAUCAACCCUGUGCAGGCUGCGUACCUGCUUAUGGAUUCAAGAACCAUCUUUCUCUAACACCCGAUUUCAAUCUGUUCUCGAAGACUGUAGAAAAUGCUAAGCUAUCGGGUAAUUUGGACUCUCCAGAAGGAGGCUUUGAUGCCAUUAUGCAAGCCAUUGUUUGCAAAAAGGAAAUCGGAUGGAGACCACAAGCAAGACAUCUAAUAAUUUUCUCUUCAGAUGCUGAGUUUCAUAUCGCAGGGGAUGGAAAACUAGUAGGAGUUCUUGAACCCAACGAUGCUCGGUGUUACAUGAAAGACAAUCAGUAUGACGGCUUGGAAAAAGAUUAUCCAUCUGUCUCCCAUCUGAGCCAGAUCCUGAAGGAAAACAACAUUAAUCUCAUCUUCGCGAUCGUGAAAUCUAGAAAGAGCGUGCUGAAGAGUUACAAGAAGCUCUCCGAAAAUAUUGAGAAUACGAAGAUCGAUGGUCUGGAUGCCGAUUCCAAGAAUGUUGUGAAAUUGGUUGUUGAAAACUAUAAGGAGAUCGUUGGUUCAGUAUCAAUGGAAUCCAACGCCACCGACAAUAUACAAGUGAAGAUCACACCUCAUUGCAAACACCCCAUAAGGAAUGGAUGUGCUAGGGUGGCACUUGGCGAAGUUGUGGAUUUUACGGCUUCCAUAACACUUUUGGAUUGUGCGAAAAAUACCUCGUCUCCCACUUACAUCUCCAUCAAACCUGACGCGCUUGACGAAAGUCUGAUUUUAGUGACGAACACCAUUUGUGGAUGCGACUGCGAAUCUUCGAGUCAUUCAUCUUACAAGAAAAAUUCCGACAAGUGCGGAGGUGUCGGAGAUUUGGUUUGCGGAGUAUGCAAAUGCGACAAAGGUCACCAAGGUACCAAAUGCGAGUGCAACAGUACCAGUAGCACAGCUUUCAAUGAGACGGCAUGUAGAGAUGUCAAGCCUGGCUCUAAAACCUGCUCAGGCUUGGGCAAAUGCGAGUGUGGAGAGUGCCAUUGCAAGAUAAAUCCUCACACAGGGCAAAAGUACAGAGGAAAGUUCUGUGAAUGUGACGAUGCUUCGUGUGAAAUAGAGAAUGGCAAACUUUGCAAUGGAAAAGGAACAUGUGACUGCGGCAAAUGCCAUUGCAUUGACGGUUGGAAAGGUUCAAGUUGCGGAUGCCAAGACCAAAAUGAACUCUGCGUGAAGGGUGGCGACACUUUGAUCUGCUCAGGAAGAGGCUCUUGCGAAUGUGGAAAAUGCAUUUGCACUGGAAACUACACCGGCAGAUACUGCGAAGUUUGCCCGUAUUGCGACGGAGAAUGUGAAAAGCUUAAGGACUGCGUGCAAUGUACAGUUUUCGGGACAGUGAUUCGCGACAGGAGCAAAUGUCAAAGAGAAUGUAUCGCUUAUGACAUAAAAUCAACGAAAGAGUCCAUCGUGAAGGAUGAGGAGGAAGAGAAGAUUUGCAGAGCCUUCGAUGAUGAUAGGUGCGAGAUACUCUACAAGUAUAUGUACGAUGACCUGCAAAAAUUGACUGUGAUAGUACAAAAAAUGCGGAAUUGUCCGCCUAAUAUACUUGUUUAUGUGAUAGCUGUUUCUGGUUUUGUCCUACUCAUUGGAGUUAUAACCCUGCUGAUAUGGAAACUGGCCACAAUGUUGCACGACAAAAGGGAGUACGAAAAGUUCACGAAGGAACAAAAAGACUCUAAAUGGCACAGUGAUGGCAAUCCUCUCUACAAAGGAGCAACAACUACAUUUCACAAUCCCUAUUAUACAGAAUGAGUGUAUCGACCAAUGGUCAAGUGAAAAAUAAAUAAUAAAAAAAAACACCAUU